AGGGGUCGGCAAAAAAGCAAUUAAAGAAACCGCGACUGUGAGAAUCUUCAGUGUGAAAGGAAAGUAUUAUCCUUAGAAUUUAGAAAGCAAAGCAAAGCAAAGCUGAUGACAUUGAUGAUGGCCUCUAUAGCUUAAGAUGAUCAUCACCAUUCACUACCCCUCAUUAAGUUUUCUAAAAAGCUUAAUUCUUGCUCUUCAAGUUAAGCACCUUUAGUUUUCCCUUUUUCCCUUACCAUGCUUACAACUAGGACUUCCACUCCACCACUGCUUUUCUUUUUUCUUCUCUGAUUUAAUUAAAUUCCCAUUUUUUACUACUUCAUAGUAUAAACAAAUGAAUACACAACAAACUAUACAAAAACAAAAAUAUACAUACAUAUCUUCACAUCAAAUUAAAGCAAAGCCCUUUCUCUCUCUUUCUUUCUGUGUCAAAUUGCUUUAAUUCAACAACCCUCCAUGUGAUUCUUCCACUGCAUGCAUAUGUACUGAGAGAGCUUAAUUAACCAUGGCCACCACCCGAAAACUUAUAGUGGAAGUUGUGGACGCUCGAAACCUUUUGCCAAAAGACGGCCAUGGAUCCUCCAGCCCAUACGUUCAGGUGGACUACUACGGCCAGCGAAAACGGACCAACACUGUCCCCCGGGACAUCAACCCAACGUGGAACGAGGUUUUGGAAUUCAACGUUGGGAAGCCUUCGAAUGUGUUCGAGGAUAUUGUGGAGCUGCAUGUUUACCAUGACAAGAAUUAUGGUCCCACCAGAAGGAACAACUUUCUCGGCCAAAUCAGGUUGAGUUCCUCCCAGUUCGUCCAUAAAGGCGAGGAGGCUUUGAUUUAUUUCCCUUUGGAGAAGAAGUACUUGCUCAGUUGGAUCUCCGGCGAUAUUGGCCUCAAAGUUUAUUAUGUCGAUGCAGUUGUGCCUCCUCCUGCACCUCCUGCGCCGCCAGCACCAGCACCACCUCAAGUAGUGGAGGAGGCUAAGCCUUCAGUGCCGCCGGAGACACAGAAGCCUAGUGAGUCUGAGUCGAAGCCGGCAGAGGAUGUGUCUAAGGAGGUGGAAAAGGCUGAUCAGGAGCCGAAGCCCGAAGAAGCUGCACCGGCAGAACCACCGCCGUCUGAGGGUGAGAAGGCAAGUGAAGAGCCACCCGCUCCGGCGACUGCGGAGACAGAAUUACCUUUGCCCAAAGAAACUGAGCCGACUUCAACUGCUGCUGCUGCUGAAGAGACUGAAGAAGCUGUUCUUGAACCCAAAGAUAGGAUUGAGACAAUGUCUGCUGCUGCUUCGGUUUCUAAGCCGUUGCCGGAUGUUAGGUUCGCCGGAAUCAAUGGUCCGCAGCCCAUCAAAAGAGGUUUGAGCUUUGCAUCUGACGUAUCAUCGGAAAGUAUGACAAUCGAAAGGUCCUCGUUUGAUCUGGUGGAGAAGAUGCACUACCUCUUCGUCCGAGUGGUCAAAGCUCGGGGUCUUCCAACCAAUGGCCGUCCAGUUGUCAAAAUUUCGGUGUCCAACUACCACGUCAGAUCCAAACCCGCAAGGAAGACGGCUUUUUUCGAAUGGGACCAGACCUUCGCCUUCAACCGCGAGUCACCGGAUUCUUCCUCCAUUCUAGAAGUCUCCGUUUGGGACCCACCCAAUCAAGAUCCCGCAUCCGACGUGGCCGGCCUGAACUUCUUGGGCGGGAUCUGUUUCGACGUGACUGAAAUACCACUUCGGGACCCACCAGACAGCCCUUUGGCCCCACAGUGGUACAGGCUGGAGGAAGGUGGAGCACAUAACGGCCACCUCAUGCUUGCCACGUGGUUGGGCACCCAAGCCGACGAAUCGUUCCCCGACGCGUGGAAGACUGACACUGCGGGAAAUCCCAAGUCCAAAUCCAAAGUCUACCAGUCCCCGAAACUAUGGUAUCUCCGAGCAACGGUGGUCGAAGCCCAAGACGUCCUCCCCAUUACGACGUCGUUGAAGGAAGUCACUUUCCAAGUCAAAGCCCAGCUCGGGACCCAAAUUUUCAAGACUAAAACCUCAGUUACCGGAACAGGCACUCCCUCAUGGAACGAAGACUUGCUGUUCGUUGCUGCCGAACCGUUCUCCGACCAGCUGAUCUUCACCGUCGAUAUCCGACAACCCAAGGGCCCACUUUCAAUCGGGUUGGCCAGGAUACCACUCACUGCCAUUGAAAGACGGGUUGACGACCGGAAAGUUGCUUCCCGGUGGGUCAGCUUGGACGAUCCGAACGAAAAAAAGAGAGCCUACAGGGGUAGAUUACACCUCCAGCUUUGCUUCGAUGGUGGAUAUCACGUGAUGGACGAGGCGGCCCAUUUGUGCAGUGACUACAGGCCCACAGCCCGACAGCUCUGGAAGCCGCCGGUUGGCACCGUGGAGCUCGGCAUUAUAGGUUGUAAGAACUUGAUACCGCUUAAAACGGUCAACGGUAAAGGGUGUACCGACGCCUACUGCGUCGCCAAAUACGGUCCGAAGUGGGUCCGUACGCGCACGGUUACGGACCGUAUGGAUCCCAAGUGGAACGAGCAGUACACUUUCAAGGUAUACGAUCCCUGCACGGUGCUGACCAUCGGGGUCUUUGAUAGCUCCGACGUAUUCGAAACGGACGGUUCCAAAGGCGCCACGCAUUCUGAUCUCAGAAUUGGAAAGGUACGGAUUCGUAUAUCUACUCUGGCUACGGGGAAAGUGUACAGAAACACGUAUCCGUUGUUUAUGCUGUCCAAUAUGGGUAUGAAGAAGAUGGGUGAGGUGGAGAUUGCUAUACGGUUUGUCCGUAUGAGUCCCACAUUAGAUUUGCUCCACGUGUACUCUCAGUCUCUGUUGCCGUUGAUGCACCAUGUCAAGCCGCUUGGGAUGGCCCAACAGGAUGUGCUAAGAAAGACGACGGUGAACAUCGUAGCCGCACACUUGUCACGAUCAGAACCGCCGCUUCGUCGGGAGGUCGUACUUUACAUGCUGGAUGCGGACUCACAGUCAUUCAGUAUGCGGAAAGUGCGUGCCAAUUGGUGUAGGAUCAUAAACGUGAUCGCCGGUGUGAUCGACAUCGCACGGUGGGUAGACAAUACAAGAUCGUGGAAGAAUCCAACGGCUACGAUCCUCGUUCACGCAUUGCUGGUUAUGCUUGUGUGGUUUCCGGAUCUGAUAGUCCCGAGUCUAGCGUUUUAUGUGUUUGUGAUCGGUGCGUGGAACUACAGGUUUCGAUCGAGGGACCCACUUCCGCAUUUUGAUCCGAAACUCUCUUUGGCGGACACCGUUGAUCGAGAAGAGCUUGAUGAGGAAUUUGAUACGGUGCCGAGCAGCAGAUCAGCGGAUGUGGUGAAGAUGAGGUAUGACAAGCUACGGGCAGUUGGAAUGAGGGUGCAGACAAUGCUGGGGUAUUUUGCCACGCAAGGCGAGAGGGUGCAGGCGUUGGUGACGUGGCGUGAUCCACGUGCGACGGGGAUAUUCGUUGGAUUGUGUUUCAUCGUAGCGAUGAUAUUGUACUUGGUCCCAUCGAAGAUGGUGGCGAUGGCAUUUGGAUUUUAUUAUCUCCGCCAUCCGAUCUUCCGAGAUCGAAUGCCUUCCCCUGCGUUGAAUUUCUUCAGAAGACUUCCUUCUCUCACUGACCGUAUCAUGUAGAUUUGAAUAAUGGAAAGCAAGCAAUGCAUCAAUUCGAAUGUUUAAAAUUUUUGUUCUUUAAUUUUGUAAUGGCUUUUUAGUAAUUUAUCUGCCAAAGAUGUAAUAUUAUUUACAAGAUAGUUUGCGCUAUUAUGCAAUGACAUUGUAUAUUUUCUCCAA